AGAGAUUAUGGUUGUUUGGUGUUGUUAUGCUGAAACCUGUCAAAUGUGAAAAUUGAUAGUUUUGAUGACAAUUGACAAGUUCAUCAUCAUUGUCUUGGACUUUAUGUGUUUCGAAACAUGAUAUAUGAUUAAAUUCUAAAAUUAUGUGUUAAAAAGCAUUGCUUUUAAUCAUCUGAUAGUCAUCUUUGUGUUCGAUUUUCCAAUUAACUAGUUUUCCCGGGCACCUGUUAUUUUUAAUUGGCAUGUGAAAAAUCAACACCAUGAGCCGGAAUUCCAAAGCAUUUCUAAAAGGUGGUGAUGGGAAUUACUAUCCACUAGCUCCUAAAGUUACGACAAUAGGAAAAGAUGGAUGUGAUAUACUUUUGCAGAUGAAUGGUGUAGAUCAGCAACAUGCUGUUAUAGAGUACAGCGAGCAAGAAGAUUGUUAUGUUCUACAAGAUCUCAACUCUACACAGGGUACAUACGUUAAUGACGUUCGUGUUCAAAAUGCCGCAGUGCGACUUGCUCCGGGGGAUGUCAUUAGAUUUGGUUACGGAGGGACGCCGUAUGAACUAAAUAUAGAUAAUCCACCUCCGAGCCAGAUAUUACCAUCGUAUCACCAGUCUACCAUUGCCUAUCCACCAGUUCAACAAAGACCAGCAUGGACAGGCACUCUAGCUUUGCUUACAGACGACCAGUCACUAUACACACAGUCAAUGCAGCAGUCCAAUCCAGGACUUCCAUAUUUAACCACACCCACUCUCACAGUUCCUGCAGCUCAUUGGACACCAGUAGCACAUGCACACCCACAGAUACCUCAGCCCCGCCCACCACUGAGAAGUCGACCACUCAGUGCAGGCUCUAGAAGACCUACAACAACAUUUGACAGGUUACAGACUAUUGGCGGUACGAUGCAGCAGACGUCCCCUGUUUCUGCUCCACUUCCUAGAACUGUGAAUACUAAGGCAUGGACUACACAAGGUGGAGGCUGGGUAAACAGUGGCAAUGGAAGAAGUGUGGUAACUAGUCAGUUUACCCCUGUACGCCCCUCUUCAGUAGAAAAUGGGGGUACACAGGGAGAUCUGUAUCUAAUGCAAGAAAAGGAUCAGAAGAUUCGAGAGCUUUCAGAAGAGGUAACAAGACUGCGAACUGUUGAGAUGGAGUCAUUCCAUAAAGACCAACAAGUUCAACAUAAAGAUCAGCAAGUUCAGCAACUACAGCAACAACUACAGGAGAUAAGCUGUCGUCAAAGUCCAAUGGUUAUGGGAGCAGACCCAGAAGUCACAAACAAAUUGUCGCAGCUAGAAACAGAAGUCUCUCUGAAGAAACAGGAAAUUAAUGAACUAAGAGAACAGCUGGCGCAGUUACAAGCACAGAAUGAACUUGAUAUUGAAAGUCCCGCCCAUAUACGUGCAGAGCUCAGCGAUAAAAUUAAGGAGGUUAAUAAUCUCAAAAAUGAGCUUGAGCGUGUCAGAAAGGAUAAAAACAUAACCUCAGGGCUCGUAACUCAAAUGCAGCGAGAUAUGUCUAACAAAGAUUCUUCCAUUUCGAAGCUGACACGCGAGAUAGAAGCAUUGAAGAAGGAACUGCGAGAACGAGAUUCCCAGCUCUCAACAAUGACCUCGAAGGUGAACAAACUGAAGGAACCAAGGACUGAGGAAAGAGAUGCUAGGGAAAGGGAGUUAAUCAGUCUGAGACAGAAAUUCAAAACAACUGAAAGCAAGACCCAAGAACAGCAGACAUUGAUUGACAGUUUACGGGAAGAGCUAGAGAAAACUAAAGCCUCACUGUUUGCCGAGAAAGAUGUUCAGCGUAAACUUCAACAAGCAGUAGAUGAAGCAAAAUCUGAUGCUCAAGAUUUAGAGAGAGCCGAGAGAGUCGUUAGGGUUGAUCUGGAACAAAUGUCUAAGAAGAAUGAAAGGUUCAGAAACCGAGUGGUGCAGACAACAUUUUCUACUCCUGGUAUAAAAGCUCCAGACACCGAGAUCAGUGACGAUGAACUACUUGAAACCUUGAAGAAAAUAAUUGAUGAGCGCACAAACUCAUUUAGGAAUAUUAAGGAAUUGGAACAGAAACUCAAAGCUGCUGAGGCUGGCAAUAAAGGAUUUGACAAAAAUGUUCAUGAUUUACGCAAAACAUUACAAAAUGCAAAGGUUCAUCUAAAACAGAAAGGUCGUUUGUCUGGUGCCCUGAAGGAAGAGAUAGGUCUAAUACAGUCAGUAUCAGUGAAUGAUACACUAGCCUGGAUAAAGGAUGUAACUGUGGGACUGCUCGAGGGAGAGUUGGCUUGGGAAACUGAUAUUGAAGCAGCAUUGGAAAAAUGUGGUGUUAAUGUUAAACUCACAAAUGAUGAACCUAGUAAGCAUAUUAGUCUACUUUAUGCUAAGUGGGAGAGUGCAUUAAGUGAGAAAGAACGUCUAGUGAAACAGAUUUCGGACAUGGAGGUGAGACAUAAAGAGGAUCUACUUCUACAGAUAGAUCAGCAGAAAGUGGAGUUUGAAGGCAGAAUUGCUGAUGCUGCAGAGAAAGCCAAGCUUGAAGGUACAUUUUGUAUUUCAGACUUGUUGUAG